UUCUCUGCGCGCCAACAAUAUUUGGCGCCGCCCGUUCGCCGUCUCCCGUUUUUGCGCACACUCUCGGCGACUGUACUGAUUCUCUACACUCUCCGCCUCCCCAUUUUCUCGACCGUCCAUUUCAUUUCGCAUCACUUCUAUUUUUCACGAUGGCAACUGUCGGAGGCGCUUUCAAGGACUCUCUUACCCAGGCUCAAAAAGACGAGCUUCACCAAAUCGCUCUCAAAAUUGUUCAAGAUGGAAAGGGAAUCCUCGCCGCCGAUGAAUCCACUGGCACAAUCGGAAAGCGUCUUGAUGCCAUCAACCUCGAAAACAACGAGACAAAUCGUCAGAAGUAUCGUCAACUCCUGUUCACUACUCCAAAUCUCAACCAGCACAUCUCCGGAGUGAUUCUCUACGAGGAGACAUUCCAUCAAAGCACCGAUAAGGGAGAGAAGUUCACCGAUCUUCUCAUCAAGCAAGGAAUCGUCCCAGGAAUCAAGCUCGAUCUCGGAGUUGUCCCAUUGGCUGGAACCAUUGGAGAGGGAACCACCCAGGGGCUCGACAAGCUUGCCGAACGUGCCGCUGCUUUCAAGAAGGGAGGAUGUGGAUUCGCCAAAUGGCGUUGUGUUCUCAACAUCGGAACUCACACCCCAUCUCACCUCGGAAUGCUCGAGAACGCCAAUGUGCUAGCCAGAUACGCUUCUAUCUGCCAGGCCAACGGACUUGUUCCAAUUGUCGAGCCAGAGGUUCUCUGCGACGGAGAACAUGAUUUGGCUCGUGCCCAGAAGGUUACUGAGCAAGUUCUUGCCUUUGUGUACAAGGCUCUUGCUGAUCAUCACGUGUAUCUCGAAGGAACUCUUCUCAAGCCAAACAUGGUUACUCCAGGACAAUCGAGCGCGUCGAAAGCUUCACACGAGGCAAUUGGAUUGGCUACCGUAACCGCCUUGAGACGCGGAGUUCCAGCUGCAGUUCCAGGAAUCACUUUCCUGUCUGGAGGGCAAUCCGAACUUGAUGCCACUGCUAACCUCAAUGCUAUUAACUCGGUUCAACUCGGAAAGCCAUGGAAGCUCACCUUCUCUUAUGGACGUGCUCUUCAAGCUUCUGUGCUCAAGGCAUGGGGCGGAAAAGACGAGAACAUCGCUGCCGCUCAGAAGACACUCCUUCACCGUUCCAAGGCCAAUGGAGAUGCAUCUCUCGGAAAGUACGCCGGAGAAGACGCAGCUGGAGCCGCCGCCGAGUCUCUCUUCGUUGCCAAGCAUUCCUAUUAAGCGAUGACGCAUAACUUCCUGUGAAUAGAUUUUUCGCAACCUCGUCCCCAAGAUUGUAUAAUUUCACUGACCCCGAAAUGAAGUUUUAUUUCACCG